UUGUAGGAAGAUUGAAUGGAGAGAAAGUUGAAUAGAGGCAUUUUCUACUUUUUUCGGUAAAGGCUAAUUUAAGAAAAUGAGGUUGUAUGAUGCGUGGAUUAAGACCUUAGCGGCUUUUGGUUGUGCGAGCAUCUGGUAGAGGUGAAAGCAUACGAGGAGCAGAAAAGAAAAAGAUCAGAAUUAACUGCUUUUGCUUUUCAACAUUUGGCCUUCCCACACUAAUCUAACCCUUUGGUUUGUUGUAAUAAAAAAUACUUGUCUUAUGGAUGGGGCUUGAGCAUUGACUUGUAGAAAUCAACAAAGCAAACCAAAAGAAGACAAAGAUUCUUCAACGAGGAGCCAAAAGGGAGGAAGAAUAGAUGGUUGCUUCUUGCUUUUGCUGUAGGAAGGUCAGCCGAAAACCGCACGAGUUCCAGACAAAACCCAACCCUUCUUCCCUUUGACAAAAUUGACAUUGCCGAUAUCCACUUUGAAACAACUAAGUGGUCCUUUCUCUUUCUUUUAUGCAAACCUAAAAUGAUUAAACUAUUACCCAGCGGUUUUUUGUUUGCGUGCUGAGUGCACCCUUUUCUCUUUUUCAACCCGAAUCCAAAGCAUAGGUAGCUAGCCACCACAAGGCGCCACUAUCAAAAGUCAACGAGUUAUGCUCUUGUUAUCUAAUCCAACGGUACACGAUUUAUGUUUUUAAGAGUAAGAAGCCACACACGGGUGUGUGGUGUGGUGUGGCGUGUGCGUGUGCUUGUGCGUGUGCCUUCUCAUCACAUGAUACUCUCUCAAGUGUCAACCAUCCAAUAUCCAACCAAAAGAGUUCCACGGGAAGCUUCCUACCUCUCUUCCUACUUGUUGGCUUCGCUUUCCCUUUUACCCUUUUUCACUUUCUUCUGAUUUCCUUCUCCAAACUCCUCUUUAAACACACAAUACUGUCUUCUCCAACGCAUUCACUCACUCACUCACUGUGUCUUGCUUAUCCACUUUCAACAUAGGAGCAACUGCCUCACUUCCGUUAUCAGUUGUUUUCUCCAAAUUUUUGGCCAAUGGAACACAGUUUGAAAAGAAAGUCUCCAGAAAAUGAAGACUUUUUACACUUGAACGGCUUUUCUCUGGAUGACCUUAACGAAGAUCUCUUAGAGAGGGUGCUUUCAUGGCUACCAACUUCCUCCUUCUUCCGCCUUACUUCUGUCUGCAAGAGAUGGAAGUCAGCUGCUGCUUCUUUGAGUUUCAAGCUUGCCUGCUCACACAUUCCCUCGAGAGAUCCUUGGUUUCUGAUGGUUUCUCCCAGCCUCAACCAAUCCAUUGUCUUUGACACUGCUGAAAACAGUUGGAAAAAACUCAAUCACUUGCGUCUUCCGCUCGAAGACUCUAACAUAAACUGCAUGCCUGUUGCAGCAUCUGGUGGCCUGGUUUGCUACCGCAAACUCUCAGGAAACUUUGUUGUAUGCAAUCCAGUAACCGGAUCCUGUAGUGAACUCCCUCCAUUGCAUUUCCCCUCAGAAAAUCAGCCUCUCAAUGCCGUUGUGAUGAGUACAACUUUCAGAGAUCAAAUCUCCUACAAGAUUGUGUUAGUCUUCGGUGAACUCCCUAAUCUUUUGUUCAAAGUCUAUGACUCAAGCUCUUGCUGUUGGGAAGAUGAGACUGCUCUUAGGAGGGAGGUUGAUGACAAUUCCAUUGAUUGUGAUUCAACCGAUGAUGAUGACAAUGUUGUGUACUUCCUUAGUAAGGCUGGAACGGUGGUGGCAAGUAGCAUGCAGAGGAGCCCAUCUAAGCAAUAUUCCUCGGUCAUUACCACCAAAGAUGGUGAGGAAAUGGUGUAUUUCCUCAGCUCCUCAGGGACAGUAGUAGCUUGCAAUUUGACAUCCAAGUGCUUUUUUGAGUAUCCGAGGUUGUUGCCUGUUUUCAGUGAGUACUCCAUUGACAUUGUGGAGUGUGGUGGUGAGAUGCUGGUUGUUUUGUUAUCAGAAUUCUUGGAGAGCACAAGUCUUAGGGUGUGGAAAUACGACGACACAAAUAGAUGCUGGCAACAGAUUGCUGCAAUGGCUGCAGCAAUGUCUCAAGAAUGGUAUGGAAAGAAGGCAGAUAUUAACUGUGUUGGUGCUGGCCAUCAGAUACUUAUAUGCUUGAACUCUCCUGAGCUAUGCACUUAUGUUCUCUGUGAUUUGGUGACCAACACAUGGACAGAAUUGCCGAAAUGUUGCAUGAAUGGAGAAGUCAUGGAGUUCAUGUCUGCAUUUUCAUUUGAGCCCAGGAUAGAAGCUUGUGUAUGACUCCAAACUACCUCAGUUUGGUAUCUUGAUUUUGGUUAUCAACUGGUUUUUGUUGUUCUUCUGUUAGCUUAAAUUUUCUUCCACCUUGUACUUGAAUUUGUCAUGCAAAAUAGCUAGGGUUGAUUUGGUGUGAAAAUAGAUAUGAAAGCUCUGACCAAAUGAUUGAUUUCUAACUUAGACAUUGUAUUGUUCUCCAUUGAUUGUUAGAUGUACAAUGCUCAAAUACUGAGUUUCCUCAUGUUCCAAAUAAGCUUGUUGUUUCCU